CACUUUAUGGGUGACAAAAACAAGUACGAAACAGUUCAGUUCAUCAGUUUUAACUGCAAAUCUGUUAAACGUUCUGUAGAUGCAAUAAGACGUUUGUGCCAGACAGCUACCUUGGUAUGUCUCCAAGAAACGUGGUUGUUGGACCAUGACAUACCAUUCCUUGGUCAAAUAAAUGAAAACUUUGAAUACACUGGAAAGUCAGCAGUGGACACAUCAUCAGGGAUUCUGAGAGGGCGACCGUAUGGCGGCGUAGCGGUUUUGUGGCGUAAACAUGUGUUUGAUUCGGUAUCUGUUGUUAGCUGUGUUAGUGUACGUUUGGCAGCUGUGAAAGUGUCGCUCGGGGACAAACGUAUAUUGGUGUUCAGUGUAUAUAUGCCAACUGACUCUAGUGACAACUUAGCUGAGUUUACUAAUUGUCUAAGUGAAAUCAGUGCAAUUAUCGAAAGUAGUAACAUUGAAACAGUUUAUAUUCUUGGCGAUUUCAACGCACAUCCGGGUGAGUUGUUUUGUAGUGAACUUCUAGAUUUUUGCAGCGAACAACAGUGGAUUUGUGCGGACAUUGAAAAGAUAGGUUUAAACUCGGGUAAUUAUACGUAUAUUAGUGACGCGCACAACUGCCGACGAUGGUUGGACCACUGUGUUGUCACACAAUCGGCGUGGUUGUCAAUUGCGGACGUGGGCGUGAUUUCUGAUGUGUAUUGGUCUGAUCAUUUUCCCUUAUGUGUAGAAUGCAAUUUGGAUAUAAUUAAACCAAAGGUUAAUUUUGCUAAAUCGUUUUGCAAUAAAGUAAUAUGGGGCGAAAGGGACAAUGAUCAGAUAAAAUUGUAUCGGGACUUAUGUAACAGUAAAUUAAAACUGAUCAAUUAUCCCGAAGUAUUUGAUUUAUGUAGUGAUAAGCACUGUAACAAUGUAGAACAUAAGCAAAUUAUUGAUGAAAUGUACGCAAAUAUUGUAUCUAUUUUAUCGGAAUCCGCUGUACAGAGUCAAGUCGAAACUCGGUCGCGCAGACAUGCUGGCCGGAUUGUUGGCUGGAAUAAGCAUGUAAAAGAUGCUCACGGGAAGGCCAGGCUAAAAUAUCAGCUGUGGUUAUAUCACAACAAACCAAUGUCAGGCGAAAUUUAUAAAGACAUGUGUUCCACUCGAAAAAUUUUUAAAAGCAAAUUAAGGUGGUGUCAGAACCAUCAGGAACAAAUAAAGCUUGAUAUAAUUGCUACCCACCACAAGGCUAACAACUUUCAAAAGUUCUGGAAGUCUACCAAAAAGCUAGACGUUAGACCGGGCCUCCCCGUGAGUGUUGGAGGGGCUGAUAAUCCGGAGGGCAUUGCUAACAUGUUUUUAAACCAUUUUAAAAUUGUCUCUCCACUUGGAUCGCCUCUACGGGUGCUCGAUGACGGACAUUGUCGUGAAGCCGACCAUGUGCGCUUUUCCGCAAAGCAGGUGUACAAUACAAUAAGUAAAAUGACUCGAGGAAAGUCCCCUGGUCACGACGGUCUGAGUGUUGAGCACCUGCAGCAUGCGGGUCCACACAUAGCUCGAGUGUUAGCUAUGUUUUACUCGCUGUGUAUGUGUCACUCUCAUCUUCCUACCGAUCUAAUGCGAACAAUUGUUGUACCUAUUAUUAAAAACAAAACUGGAGACGUUGCGGAUAAGAGCAACUAUCGACCCAUCUCGUUAGCUACUAUCAUUGCCAAGGUGCUGGAUAGCCAGCUGAACGCGCGUUUAGACCAGUUUUUGCGAUUACAUGAUGCGCAAUUUGGCUUCCGUAGUGACCUGUGCACGGAAACCGCCAUUCUCGGACUUAAGCAUACAGUACAAUAUUAUACAAGUCGACGUACACCUAUCUAUGCUUGUUUCUUGGAUCUCUCACGUGCUUUUGACCUCGUAUCAUAUGAUAUCUUGUGGAACAAGCUACGAGAGAGAAAUGUACCAGUCGAAUUGUUGCGUAUACUUCAGUAUUGGUACCACAACCAGAUAAACUACGUUAGGUGGGCCGAUAAGCUCUCGUCGCCAUACAGUUUGAACUGUGGAGUUAGACAAGGCGGGAUAACCUCGGCGAAACUUUUUAAUCUCUAUAUAAAUGACCUGAUUGUUGAGCUCAGCAGCAAGAAAAUUGGAUGUCGCAUUGAUGACGUGAGUAUCAAUAACAUCAGCUAUGCUGAUGACAUGGUGCUGCUGAGUCCAACAAUCAGGGCAAUGAGAAACUUACUAGCUUGUUGUGAGUCAUACGCUCUGACGCAUGGCCUAGUAUAUAAUGUGGCAAAAAGUGAAUACUUGGUCUUUGGGGCAGGUGGUGGUAAAUAUCCAGAGGUCGUACCUGUAAUUAAACUGAAUGGUACUGAACUAAAACGCGUCUAUCAAUUUAAAUAUCUAGGUCAUUAUGUGACUGCCGACCUUAAGGAUCAAGUGGAUAUAGAGAGGGAGCGUAGGGCGCUGGCAGUCCGAUGUAAUAUGGUGGCGCGAAGGUUUGCUCGUUGUAGCAAGCAAGUAAAAGUAACGCUUUUCAAAGCUUACUGUCAAGUGUUCUAUACGUGCAGCCUUUGGACCAACUAUACGCAGCGGGCUGUCAGUGCUUUGCGCGUCCAAUACAAUAAUGGAUUCAGGAUGCUGAUGGGGCUGCCUCGUUUCUGCAGUGCAUCUGGUAUGCUUGCUCAGGCAGGAGUUGAUGGAUGCCAUGCCAUCAUAAGAAAAAAGUCUGCUUCGCUGCUCUGCAGACUGAGAGCUAGCUCCAACUCCAUCCUGGGCACCAUAGCAUGGAGAUUUGACUCUCCGCUGUUACUAGGAAUUGUUCGUAGAUGCAUUUCGAACAAUAACCUAGUAACAAAAUAAUUUAAAUAUGAACUGUUUUAUUUUACUAACAUA